UCGUGUCUGCAGUGUUUCCACAUCCUGUUUACGGGCGGGAAGAGUGAACGAGGCUGCGUGUCGACAGUGGCUUUAAAUCCCGCACUUUUCUUUUAAUUCCCCCCGCCAGCCUGUCGUUUAAAAGUUUUUAAAUGUUUCUAAAAUCCCAAUUUGUGGCGGGUACACUUUAAACGGACCAUUAGAGGCUAAUAUUUCUGCGUUCGCGCGGCCACGGAGCAGAUGGAGGACCUCCCCGCAGAUUCAGGCGGCGGCGGGGAUACAUCGAGGCUGGGCCCCGCGGUGCAGGUGUCGGAUGUCCGCUACACGUUCGGCACGCACCCCUGUCGGCUCCUCGAAUGGAAAGUCAAGCCUGGCUCUCACGUCAACGUGGACUCCGUGUUGGCGCUCUGCGUCCCCAUCGUGGCGAACAAGCGGGCAGCGCCGACCAGGAUCCCGGAGAAGAAGGUGAAGUCGGACCGCGCGGGGGUGGUGAAGGAGCUGUGCUGCCAGCCCGGACAGGUCAUACAACCUGGGGGUGUCAUCGUCAGAAUAUUAGGAUGCAACCACCCUAUAGUGAUGAAAGGCUUAUGUGCUGAAUGUGGACAAGACCUGACUCAGCUGCAGAGCACAAAUGGGAACCAGCAAACUCCCAUCUCCACGGCAACAGUCUCCAUGGUGCACAGUGUGCCGGAGUUGAUGGUCAGCUCUGAGCAAGCAGAGCAGCUUGGCCGGGAGGACCAGCAGAGGCUGCACCGCAACAGAAAACUGGUCCUGAUGGUGGACUUGGACCAGACGCUCAUUCACACCACCGAUCAACACUGCCAGCAGAUGUCAAAUAAGGGCAUUUUUCACUUCCAGCUGGGGCGAGGAGAGCCAAUGCUCCACACACGACUACGCCCACAUUGCAAGGAAUUCCUGGAGAAAAUUGCCAAAUUGUACGAGUUGCACGUCUUCACGUUUGGGAGUCGCCUUUAUGCACAUACAAUUGCGGGCUUUUUGGACCCUGAAACGAAGCUGUUCUCCCACCGCAUCCUUUCGAGAGACGAAUGCAUCGACCCCUAUUCUAAGACUGGGAAUCUUAGGAAUCUUUUCCCCUGUGGGGAUUCAAUGGUCUGCAUCAUUGAUGACCGCGAAGACGUAUGGAAGUUUGCACCCAACCUCAUCACAGUAAAGAAAUAUGUCUACUUCGAAGGCAUCGGGGACAUGAACGCACCGCCCGGCUCGCAGGAAGCUGUCACAGCCAAGAAAGGAAGCCCACCAUGUCGUCAGUCAGAGAGCACAGAACCAUCAGAGACCCCCGGUGCAGACGAGCACAAUAACGGCCUCAGGAAAAAGUCAGUAAACGAGGGCGCCGCGGCGUCUCUGCGCUCUCAGGGAGUCCCCGCAAAUGAACGGACGCAUCCCGCCGGGCCAGUGCAGGACGAUGCGUUAAGUAAAACAUCAGAGGCUGAUGACGAGGCGUCUGAGGCCACGUCGAAGGAAACUCAGGGCAGUGAUAGCCAAGAAACCAGCAAAGAGGAGAGUGUUAACCGGACAGAUGAUGCUCAGGACACUGUCAACUCUUUAACAGCAAAAGGUGACUCCAAUAAUUUAGACUUUGACCUUUCCAGUGACAGCGACAGCGAGUCUGUAAGAGACAAGACUGUGGCGGACGGCAACAGUGGCGUCAGCCAAGCAAAGACGUCUGAGCACGAAGGAACCUCACAAGAUAUCCAAGAGGAGACUAAAGAUAAAGCUCAAAGCGAGUCACAAACAAAUUCUGAUGUUCUUCUCCCCGAGCUUGGGAACGGCUGCUCAGACAGGAGGGAACCGGAAACCGAGUCGCAGAAUAGCGAACAAUCUGGGGUGACCAUGGGGGAGGAGCUCCUGGACCAGAGCAUGGAGGACGAGGAGGACGAGGAAGCCGACCACGACCAGGACGAUCACCUCAUCUACCUGGAGGAAGUGCUGGAGAGGAUCCACACAGAGUACUACGCCCGCUAUGAGUCCUUCCUGAAGAAGGAGGCGCCUGACACGCCGGAUAUUCGCAAGAUUGUUCCUGAGCUAAAGAGCAAGACCUUAGAAGGCACCACCUUGGUAUUCAGUGGCUUGUAUCCAACCAACUACACGUUUGAGAGGACUCGGGAGUACUACCACACCAAGGCACUGGGAGCAAAGAUCUGCAAGAAUCUGGUUCUUAAUUCCCAGGAACCCAAUGUAACAACGCAUCUCAUUGCAGCAAAAUCUGGCACGGAGAAGGUCCGUCAGGCGUUGGGGUGCCAGCAUCUCCACGUGGUUAACCCUGAUUGGCUGUGGAGUUGCCUGGAGCGCUGGGAGAGGGUGGAGGAGUCGCUCUUCCCUCUAAAAGAGGACUACUCCAAGCAGACACGGAGCAACAGCCCAGCGGCUUUACAAUGGGACACCCGGCAGCAGCCUCAUUUCCAACACCCCGCUCCAAUUCAACACAAACCUCAGCCACCACCUCCCGAGGUGCGAACCUACGACCCCAUCACCGGGAAGCUGAUUCGCAGGGCCCCUCGGGCAUUGCCGUCAGCGCCUUACCUCCAGACGUCGAGACCUUCCCUGUCUGAUCAACAAGAGCAGACGUAUCUCAGGAGAACGCCAAAUAGUCAACAAGACGUGGCAGCGGGGCCCAGCCAGGAUGACAAUUCAUCAGGGCCAACGCGUCGAGAACGUCAGCCGAGCAUGUCAGAAACUAUGCCGCUAUACAUGCUUUGCAAAGAGGAUCUGGAGAGCAUGGAUAAAGAGGUGGAUGACAUCCUUGGCGAGGAGAGCGACAACGAGAGUGAGGGACGAGGGAAAGAGAAAGCUGGUAAUGAGGAAGUAGAGGAAGAACAGCAGCAAGGAGCUGGACCCCUAACAGGAAGAAGAAGAGGAGGAGGUCCUCAGGAGCUGACACUGGGUGAACAGGUCCAAGCGACAACAAGUGGGACUACUGUGUCAAGGGUCAAGCGAAAGCGCGAUGAUGCCAUGGAAGAUGAGGACAAGACUGACGAGUCCUCUAAAGAAGAAGAAGAGGAGGAUGGCAGUUCCUCAGAGGCUGACGAGAUGGCAGCGGCGUUGGAGGCGGAGCUUAAUGACUUUAUGUGACGUGGGACGCUGACAAGCUGUAAUUAUUAUUAAAAGAAGAAUGAAUGUCCUGUACAGUAUUGCUGUGUUUCGUAGCGUUAAUAUUUGUCGUGAUCGCCCUCUCUUUUUUUUCCAGGCGGGCGUCAAUUAUUUUAUUGUGAAGAAAAUAAAUGGUAGGGGAAAAAAAUGAAUAUACUUUUAACUUUUUUUAAUUAUUUAUUUAGAAUAAAGUGGCGUUAAACCUUCUAAAUGUGUCCGCUCAUGCCAAAGAAUUUGAAGUUGUGCAGCUAAAUUUCACUUUUUUGACUUCUCACAUCAUUGUGUACAUACAGUAGAGGACGAUGUCAUGUGAUUUAAUUUUUUUUUUUUUUUUAAACACGCUUCUCGUGCACUUUGACCUUUUUAACUCAAGUCGACCUUUUUCUUGUUCUCAGCUUUUUUUGGACAAAUUACACUGGAGCCAAUCAUCUUUCAUACUUGGUGGUUUUAAAAGCGACAUUCUGCACAGCAGCUUCUACCGCUGGAAGGAAGUGAGGUACAAAUUGACUAUUUGAAGUGAAAAUAUUAACAUUAUUAGGAUUUGUUUUUAUUUUUUACUACAGCUGUUGGCAGUGAUUUGAUGUACCUUUUUUUGCUAAAUCCUUGUGAUGUAUUUUUUACCACAAAUAGGUGUCUUAAUGAAUGGUAGAAUGCAUAUUUGUUUAGGCACUAAGCCAAGGGUCCUUAACCUUUUUGACCUCGGAGCCCAACUUUGCCACUACAGAGGGACCCAGGGCCCACUCAAAUAUUAACUCUGAAAUAGUGAUCUUACUUUUGAUUUAAUUAUAUUCAAUAAUUAUAUUUAACCGACAUACAGUUAAACAGGAUGAACCUUUUCAACCGAUAUGAAACCAUGUGUUAAUCACACAGUUUGUUAUUUAUUAAGGCUUAGGUCAGGCUGAUUGCAAAAAUACAUAUGAAAAUAAAUAUACAAUUACGCAGUGAUAAAAUAAAUACAUUCUUAUUAAGUUAAUGAUAAAUACUAGGGGUGUAACAGUACACAAACAUUUCAGUUCAGUACGUACCUCUGUUUAGAGGUCACGGUUAGGUUCAUUUUCGGUACAGUAAGAAAACAACAAAAUAUAAAUUUUUUGGUUGUUUAUUGACCAAAUUUGUAAACAAUGGCUUUAUCCUUUUAACAUUGGGAACACUAUAAUAAUUCUGCCCACGUUAAUCAACAUUAAACUGCCUCAAAUUGUGGCUCAGAUUAAAUAAAAUUACAAAACUUUUCUUCUACAUUUAAAAAGUGCAACAUAAAACAGUUUCAAGUCAACUCAUCAUGCUUAAUUUAUCACAGCAUUUGGGAAGCCUUUAGUUGACUUUUAUUAUGUAAAUGUUUUUUUUUAUCAACAUGUGAUAGCAGGGACCCUGCCAUUCAAAGCUUUUCUCUCCGUAAAACACACACAGCAAAAUGAGCUAGCAUUACGCUAAAAGCUAAUUAGCCUUCACCUCAAGUCAGAACUGCGAGCGAGCUGAGCUGCAGUUUAAUUUUCUAGAAGGUCAACGGGCUCAUAGUGAUGUUAGUAGUAGUUGACUGGGAGGUGUUUAUUAUCAUUUGGGGAGAGUACGCUGCCUUAUGCUCACCUGCUAAACACUUAUCUGCUUGACGCUAAAGCAUUUACUACAUGUGCUCUGAAUACGCACUGCUGAUUGGCUGUUACCGCUAUGUAUGUAACCAAUUAGAUGAUUGUGUGGGUGGGACAAUGCUGGGUGCUGAGACAGAGGCAGAAUAAUCAAAGCAGAUUGUUAAGACUUUAGCUUAGAAACUCGAUCGGUACACCCCCUACCGAAACGGUUCAAUACAAAUACACGUACCGUUACACCCCUAAUAGUACUAAUAAUAUACAUGAUUCUUAACUAAAUUCUCAAUAAAAUUUAAGUGCAAAUAAAAAUACAGCUUAACCACUUUUGUCAUAUUUUUUGCGCUUCGGAAUCUUCACUACGACUUUAGAUCCAGACUUCUUCUGUUUGUUUAAUACUGCCAUCACUGCCACAAGUGGUGGAAAAGUGUAUUACAACUGAGUACCCAUUUAUUUAUGGCCAACCAGCUAGGGGGCGCUCCCCUUAUGGUUAAAAAACACGGCACUGAGCAAUAUAUUAAACAUAUUUUAAAGCUGUGUAGCAAGAAUCCCUGAAAAACAUAUUUACAACAAAACAUUCUAGGAAGUCUGGGAAAAAAAUGUUGUAUAAAGAAAUCAGCUUAAAAAAAAUAUAUAUAUAUAUUUAUAUAUAGACAUUGGGUUUUGAUAGGUUCCCUCAUUGAGCUACAAUAGAAAUAAUCAUGUUGGGGUUAUCAUAUUCUUCAUUUUCACAUCAACCUUCUCCUGGCUCCAGUAUUAAAUACAGCUGUCAUUUCCUGUUCUUAUUUCACUUUGUACUCGUGUUUUGUUGUGUUUUUUUAGUCACAAACAAAUAGAUUAGAUAUACCAAGAGAGCUACUUUGUCUAAAUAAAGAUCUUUAUAUUGAAAAACAAAAA